GGUGCUGAGUGACAUUUAAACCCGGAGGAGGGAGAAGAUCCAGAGACGACUGAAGCUUCGUCAAGAUGAAGGUGGAGGGCUUACAGGAGGACGGGGAGUCCGGUUCGGUGUCUUCUGCAGGCCGUGGCUCUGCGGGGUCGGCGUGCGCCAUCGCGUCCGCCGAGCGCUGCAUGUCCCGGCUGCUGAGCGCCGUGGAGAGCGAGCUGCAGGCCGGCCGGGAGAAGGGCGACCCGACGGAGAGGGAGCUGAAGGUGACGCUGGAGGACGCCGAGCUGUGGAGGAAGUUCCAGCUCAUCACCAACGAGAUGAUCGUCACCAAGAACGGACGACGGAUGUUCCCGGUUCUGAAGGUCAGCGUGUCGGGUCUGGACCCCAGCUCCAUGUACUCCUUCCUGCUUGACUUUGUUCCGGCCGACAGCUGCAGGUGGAAGUUUGUGAACGGGGAGUGGGUGGCGGCGGGCCGGGCCGAGAGCCGGGCCGAGGUCAGAGGUCAGGGGGGCAUCUACAUCCACCCGGACUCGCCCAACUUUGGGGCCCACUGGAUGAAGGCGCCGGUGACCUUCAACCGGGUCAAACUGACCAACAAGGUGAACGGAGGAGGACAGAUCAUGCUGAACUCCCUCCAUAAGUACGAGCCGCAGCUGCACAUCGUCUGCGUGGGUUCCCGCCACCGCCUGGUGUCCAACGUCUCCUUCAGGGAAACGCAGUUCAUCGCCGUCACCGCCUACCAGAACGAGGAGAUCACGGCUCUGAAGAUCAAGUAUAAUCCGUUUGCUAAAGCUUUCCUGGACGCCAAGGAGAGGAACCCAGCAGGUCGGGUUCUCCAGGACGCUGCGGAGAGCCGGGUCGGGAUCCAGCCCUGUUGGCCGCUGUGCUCAGCAGGAGGGGGCGGAGCCUUCUCCUACUCCAGCAGCCUGCCGCUGGCGUCCCAUCAUCACCAUCACCAUGGGUACAAGCCACCCGGUUACCCGGGGAGACACACACCUUACCCCACGGCCUACCUGCCGCACCGCCCACACUCCUCAGUGAACCUGAUCUCUGAUGGCGUUCCGGUUCUUCAUGAAGGUUGGAGCGCUGCUUCUCCUCGUCCUGCCUCAUCUUCCUCCUCCUUUUCACCCUCCUCCUCCUCACUGUCGAUGACCAGCAGCGCUCCGUCCUCACAGGCUCCUCCCCCUCCUCACAGCUCCAGCCAGUAUCCGUGUCUGUGGACCGUCGGAUGCUCAGAGAUAAGCCCCUCCCACUCUCCAUGUGCUACCCUCCAUGGACCAAUCAGCAGUGAGAAUGCAGGCCACGGCCGAGUGGGCGGAGCCGGAUGGUCACCUGGCCCCGCCCACUCUUUCUGAGCAGGAAGCUAAUCGGACAACUAAUGGGAAGCCAUCAUCCAGAUGUUUUGUUGGAAAUGAUAAAGUCAUGAUGACGUUUUCUAAUUUCUAAAAAUGAGCUGAAUGUACUUAUUGUGAGCUACGUUUCCAAGGCAACAUCAUUCCAUAGUAAUUCAUGUGAAUCCAGCUCAAUAAAUAAACUGUAUCGUUUACAUUUUGUCAGAAAUGUAAGGUGUUUGUAGGGAACAUAAAACCUGCUGUGCAACAUCCAGAUCAAUAUUAUUCAUGUAGGUGAUUAAUGCUUUGUGAUAAAAGUUUGACCUUGUUUAAUAAAAUAAACAGUGAUGAGUUUUAAGUAUUAAGUGACAAUUUGGCGCCCUCUGGUGUCCCGAUCGUGCUCGUCUUUUAU